UGAGGGAGCGGCUGGGUACGGGAUCCAUCCGGGCCGGUUGGGGGGGGGGGGAGUAGGGGUGAUUCAUUAGCACGCGAGAAAGUGAGGAGGCCAUGCACUCUUAUCUGCGUUCGCGUGGGGAGGAUCUGCGGGGGCGCAUGCGCUAUGAAGCGAUCCUGGUUAGCCUCACGUGGCGGUGCUGGAAAACCCUCAACUUGGGCACUCUAGACCUUGGCAAAGGAAAAACUGAGGCAAGAGGUAGCUUGGAGGUGCCUGGACAAAAAGGGAAAUGGAAGUAAAGACACAAAGCUUCACGGUAUUGGAAGUGGUAAGAAUGAAGGGUCCUGUCUUUGAUAACUAUGGCACCGCUGGCUAGAAGACCUUAACUUUGUUUUGUAUCUAUCAAGAACAUAUAAAAUUGUAUGUUUUAGAAAAGCCUAGGAUGCCUGGAUGACGCCUAAAACACAACUUUGUCCCAGUAUCUGACCCAGAGAUCAAGUCCAUGUCAAAAUUCACCUUUGGAAGUCCUCUGUAGGUCUGGUGGGAAAGGUCCUUAUCAAGUUUUGACAAGUCACACUUCAAUAAUAGCCAAAGGAAAGGCUAUAUAUAGAUACAUGUGAGCCAAGGCCAAAGCUUUCUUUUUUUGGAUGCAUUGUCAGUAGAAAUUGGAUCAUAUGGAAUCCCUCCCUUCAAAGCUGGGAUGUUGUAUGCUUUAUUUUCUUAACUAUUAAUUCUAAUUAACAUUUAUUGUGGUCCUGUGACUAAACUGUAGACUAAUGUAAAUGUCAUCUAUGCCCAUAAUGAAACAAGAGAUGAUGACCAUACUCCCCGUUGUCAUCGCAGUGCUCCUACGAUUUGGCCUGGCAGGUCAUGCCCUUCCACAGCAUCCAUUUAUCACAUCUAUACAAAGGGCCGUUACUGCAGCAAAUUUAACAGAUUGUUGGGUCUGUUAUAAAGUGGGUAACAUGGAAAGUGAGGUUUCCCUAAUCCCCAUACCAGCUCCAAUUUCCCACUGGAUCAAUGAAUCCAUAUAUGGAGUAUACUAUUCUUCCUCCUAUUCUAAAUAUCAAUAUCUGUGGAAAUAUACAGGCCGGCCCCUCUCCCCUGAAUACGGAAAAGGACUGAAAUACAAAGUACAUGUAAGCCGCUCCUUUUAUACUUACCAAGUUGCAGGACGUCCACAGUACCGAAUACAACACCGAGGUCAGUAUCCAUUGUGUAUCCAAAAUGACAAUGGAACUGUAUACUUGGGCGAUGUUCCAGAAGAGAGAUGUGCCCAGACCCUGUGGUUUGACACUGAUGAUGGCACAUGGGAAGUGGACCCUGGAUCAAAUAGUGGAAGAAAUCUAAAAUGUGGGAAGACCUCACCAAUGACAUUCUGGGGAAAAGAGAGCUACUCCAAUUUCACCAUCCUCCCCCUCAAUUAUACCUCUGUCAGCUGGGAAAGUGAAACAAAGAACUAUCAUAAUGACACUUUAUAUGUUCUUGCUGAAGGGGGAGAGAUUGUCCAGACAAGCUUUAAUAUGUCAAGUUGCCCUGGUGAAGGAUCUUUUGUCAAUUUCACACUUUUAUACCAGAUAUUUGAGUCCAUAUUUUGUGCCUAUAAUGACACCUCUUGGCAUCAUUUGACCCGUUUGUGGAAGAAUUUUGAGAAGCGAUGCCCUUGGUACUUUGAAACAGGUACUUUGAUGAUACACGGGAAAGAACAGUGGUCACCCAAUUCCACUUGGGCUCAGUAUUCUGGUAAUAGACUCACUUUAUCCCUUGCACACACGCCAGGGCUUUAUUUCAUAUGUGGUGAUUAUGCUUAUAAGGCUUUACCUCCAGGGUGGGGAGGAACAUGCACCAUAGCCUAUCUAGUCCCUGAUCUGCAGAUACAUAAAACUUUGACCUCUACAUCUAUCUCCAACUCCGGGAGCUUCAUUAAUCGAUUUCACAAACGUACCACUAAUCCAUUGGCUGAGAAACCCUCAGGAUUCCAUGCUUUUGCCCGAGCUUUGUUUCCAUGGCUUGGGAUUUUGGAAAUUGAGAAGGCAAUAGUGAAUAUGUCUGCGGCUGUGGAAGAAGGUUUUAGUGCCACUCUAGAUGCUAUUUCCAACCUCCGCCUAGAGGUAGACCCCCUUUCUCAGGUGGUGGUUCAGAGCCGAAUGGCAUUAGAUAUGAAACGAGCGCAACAAGGAGGAGUUUGUGCAUUUAUCAACACCAUGUGUUGUUUCUAUGUCGAUAAAAAGAAUCAGAUAAGUCAGAAUGUUACCAAGUUGAAAAACUUAAUGAACACUGACCCUGAGUAGCUCUGACUUGGCAAGACUCCAAAGGAACUUGGGGGAAAUGGUGCUGGAUACAAAUGAGUGCCAUACCUUCCAGGGAGAGCCCUAGGGAGUGCCUUAAUGUGGAUAGCCUUAGAAUAAACUCAGAUUGGUUUCUGUUUCUUGGAGUAUGCUGCCUAUUGGCUGUCAUCUCUGCUAUGGUGCUGAACCCUAUAUGUGCUAUAGCACAAGGGCUAUUUAAAAAAAAUAAAAAACAACCCUUGUUUGAAGAGUCAUUUUCUAGACAGUCGUUCCCCUACUUAGCUUUGAAUAAACUUAACUUUUUCAGCUGGUCCCUGAAGUCUGUGGACCCAGCUGGGAGAUGAGAUUCUCCCUGAACUCUUCUGGACUUUAGGUUGAAAGAUUUCUCAAUAUCCUUAUUAGACUGUAAGCUUCAUGAAAGGGAUGCCAUAUACAUUUUGUAGCUUCCACAGCAUUCAGCAGGGCACUCUAGUGCCUGCUUAACAAGUACUGUACUGUAUUGUUCAAUUGUGGAUUUUUUCCUAAUGAUUGUCAGUGAAUAAUGUAAAGGGACAUACAUUUUGACUUAAAUACUUCUGAAACUUGUAACGAUUUUAUAAGUAAAAAGUUGUUUUCAAAAUGAAAUAUUUUCACUCUUAAUCAAAAGAUCAGUUUUAGAGCAAUAAAGGACAUAGAAGUUGUCUA